AUGGAUAUUCCAGCUGUUCUACUCCUCUGCCUGGAGCAACAGGACCGUUCGCUGGAGGACCAUACCAGGGACUUUUUCGCCUGCCAGCGAACGGUCCCAAGGAGGAUUUUGCCGCUUUCCUGGAUUUAUUUCUGCCCCACUGAGGAGGAUAUCUCCAGCCCCACUCCCGAACCAGAGACCAGCCAGCCGUCAUCCCACUGCAUGGAGCAAAUGCCUGAGCCCACCAUAGACAGAGAGCAUAAGCCUGCCGCGACACGUGAGCCAGAGAGCAUACCCGCUACUGAGCCUAUCGUUGCCCCAGAGCCUGGGCCUCAAGACCGGUCUAACCAGGUGCGUGAGCCGAUAACAUCGCCCGUCCCCAAGGGAGUACUGGUGGAAAUCGAGGGCUUGGAGGGAAGCCCCACCCACACUCCCGCCGCUGAGGGUGAGCUUCAGCUGGCCUCUGGGAUGUAUUAUGAGGAACUAAUGGAUAUUUUCCAAAUGGACUUAAUAGACUGGUUUGGGGAGGUAUUACCCAGUUCUACCGCGUCUCCGCUGGUUCCGCCCAGCUCCUGUUCUCCGGUGUUCCCUCCCAGCCUCCCUCUUCCGCCUCCUCUUCAAAAACCAGUCAGUUCCUCAGCCCCAUCUCCGUUGGUGCCUGUCAGUACCUCAGCUCACCCUCAUUCAGCGCCAUCUGGGCGCUCUGAUCCGCCUCGGGACUUCCAGUCUCCAGCUCCGCCUUGGCGUGAUGAUCCCCUGUCUCCGCCUCCAGCCUCCGAGCCCUGGACUCCACCUCAGUCUUUCGACCCAUCGGCUCCGCCUUGGCUCCUAGCUCCCUCAUUUCCACCAUGGCCCAUCAUCCCACAAGCUCCACCCGGCGCCCUCAUCCCUCCGGCUCCGCCCGAACCAGAGACCAGCCAGCCGUCAUCCCACUGCAUGGAGCAAAUGCCUGAGCCCACCAUAGACAGAGAGCAUAAGCCUGCCGCGACACGUGAGCCAGAGAGCAUACCCGCUACUGAGCCUAUCGUUGCCCCAGAGCCUGGGCCUCAAGACCGGUCUAACCAGGUGCGUGAGCCGAUAACAUCGCCCGUCCCCAAGGGAGUACUGGUGGAAAUCGAGGGCUUGGAGGGAAGCCCCACCCACACUCCCGCCGCUGAGGGUGAGCUUCAGCUGGCCUCUGGGAUGUAUUAUGAGGAACUAAUGGAUAUUUUCCAAAUGGACUUAAUAGACUGGUUUGGGGAGGUAUUACCCAGUUCUACCGCGUCUCCGCUGGUUCCGCCCAGCUCCUGUUCUCCGGUGUUCCCUCCCAGCCUCCCUCUUCCGCCUCCUCUUCAAAAACCAGUCAGUUCCUCAGCCCCAUCUCCGUUGGUGCCUGUCAGUACCUCAGCUCACCCUCAUUCAGCGCCAUCUGGGCGCUCUGAUCCGCCUCGGGACUUCCAGUCUCCAGCUCCGCCUUGGCCUCCCUCAUCUCCACCAUGGCCCAUCAUCCCACAAGCUCCACCCGGCACCCUCAUCCCUCCGGCUCCGCUUUGGUCAGUUGUCAACCAUCCGCCGCCUUGGGAAUCCACUCCUCUGGCUCUGUCAGGCUCCUCCUUCCCUCCGGGUCCGCUUCCAUCCUCAGUCGCUCCAGCUCCACCGCAGUCUUCCGGAGCCCCACCUCUGCCUCGGUCGCCUGAGCCUUCAGCUCCGCCAUGGCCCUCCGGAUCCUCUGUGUCACCCUGGCUCUCCGUCUGCUCGGCUCUAUCCUGGGCUCCUCUUCCACCAGCUCAGUCUCCGUCAGUCGGCCCCCGGUGUUGUCGGCCCUAUCUCCACCAUGGCUCCUCCUGGCCUCUGGAGCUCCAUCUGGUUCCUCCUGCGCCGGUCUACUCCCUUACUCCUCCCUACUCCACCCUGGCCCUAUGA